AGCAAUUUUUGUUAACCCUUACAAUUGCAAUUAACCCCCCUUUUACCCUCGCAACAAUUAAGUACAUUUCAGUAUAAGCAUAAUCACACACAAUGGUUAAGGAAACUAAGCUCUACGAUUUAUUGGGAGUCAGUCCAACUGCCAGUGAACAAGAAAUUAAGAAGGCAUACAGAAAAUCAGCAUUGAAGUACCAUCCAGAUAAACCAACUGGUGAUACUGAAAAAUUCAAAGAAAUCUCAGAAGCAUUUGAUAUCUUAUCCAAUGAAGAUAAAAGACAAGUGUAUGAUGACUACGGGUUAGAAGCUGCUCGAGGAAAUGCCCCAGCAGGUGGUAAUCCAUUCGGAGGAGCCGGAGGAUUCGGUGGUGGAGGUAUGCCAAGUGGAGGAUUCCAUUCUGGUGGAUUUUCACAAGCUGACGCAUUCAAUAUAUUCUCACAAAUGGGUGGAUUCGGCAUGGGUGAUGAUGGAUUUACAUUCAGUUCCAGCGGCUUCCCCGGAGGUGCCGGUGGUAGUCCAUUUGGUGGUAGUCCAUUUGGUGGAGCAGGCGGAUUCAGAAGUGGAGGAGGAGGAGGAGGUAUGCCUGGUGGGUUUGGUGGAAGAUCAGCCGCUCGAGCUGAGCCAACCACAGUUACCAGACAAUUACCUGUUGCUUUAGAAGAUUUGUUUGCUGGUGCUACCAAGAAGUUGAAGAUUAAUAGAAAGAAUGCCGAUGGUAGUCAAGGUUCUUCAAUUGUUACUAUAAAUAUUAAACCUGGUUGGAAAGCAGGUACCAAGAUCAAUUUCACUAACGAAGGUGAUUAUGAACCAGAAACCGGUGGUAGACAAACCAUUCAAUUUGUGAUUGAAGAAAAGCCUCAUCCUGUAUUUAAGAGAGAUGGUAAUAACUUGAAGAUGAACUUACCUUUAUCAUUCAAGGAAUCCUUGUGUGGAUUUGAACGAGAAGUCACCACCAUAGACGGAAGAAGAAUACCAUUCUCAAGAUCACAACCAGUUCAACCAAACACCACCACAACAUACCCAGGAUUAGGUAUGCCUAUAAGUAAGGCUCCAGGAACUAGAGGUGAUUUGGAAAUAACAUUUAAGGUUGAUUAUCCUGUCAGUUUAACCCCUGAACAAAGAAUGAUUAUCAAUCAAUAUUUUUAAUAGAUGAGAAACCACAUUCACUUCAAACUAGAUGAACAUUUAAUAACUUACAUAGUAUAUACAAAGAUUAACGGCUUUUAAGUAACAUUAUCAUAUUAGCAUUCUUGUUGAUAGAUAUAUAUAUAUAGAUAGUGCAAUAAAAUUAAGUAGUGUACUCACCAGAAAAAUACAAACGUAAUAAUAUUUCUGAUAUCAUUUCUUCCAAAUAUUGACAUCUUACAUCUGCUCCACUCACUCAAUCAAAAUCAUGUCUGUUAUAUUAGCAUCAGCAGGUUAUGAUCAUACAAUUAGAUUCUGGGAUGCAUUAACAGGGGUAUGUUCCCGAACAAUCCAACAUACAGACUCCCAGGUCAAUCGAUUGGAAAUCACCUCCGACAAACGAUUCCUUGCUGCUGCUGGGAACUUAUAUGUUCGAUUAUACGACAUACGACAGGGUGGGAGUACCGGGAACAACGCAGCUCAAACAUCAGCUGCUAAUGCUGGAACAGGUGGUGGAAGUAAUUCCGGUGGCAAUAGUGAUAAUAAUCCCGUCAUGACAUUUGAAGGCCAUACUAAUAACGUGACUUCGCUUGCCUUCCAAGCGGAAAAUAAAUGGAUGGUUACAUCUCUGGAAGAUGGAAUGGUUAAAGUGUGGGAUGUGAGGUCUCCGUCUGUGCAAAGGAAUUACAAACAUAAUUGUCCUGUGAAUGAAGUUGUCAUUCAUCCUAAUCAAGGUGAACUUAUAAGUUGUGAUCAAGACGGAAACAUUCGUGUUUGGGAUCUAGGUGAGAAUCAAUGCACUCAUCAUUUAAUUCCUGAAGAUGAUGUGCCUAUAAAUUCCAUAUCUGUAGCCAGUGAUGGAUCAAUGCUUGUGGCUGGGAAUCACAAGGGGAAUUGUUAUGUAUGGAAAAUGCAAAAUCAAAAGGAUAUAACUUCAUUAACACCCGUUACUAAGUUCCGAUCCCAUCUGAAAUAUAUCACUCGGGUAUUAUUACUGACGGAUAUGAAACAUUUGGCUACUUGUUCAGCAGACCAUACAGCUAGAAUUUGGUCUACUGAGCAAAAUUUUACUUUGGAAACAACAUUACAGGGACAUCAACGAUGGGUAUGGGAUUGUGCAUUCAGUGCAGACAGUGCAUACCUAGUGACUGCUUGUUCUGAUCAUUAUGUGAGGUUGUGGGAUUUGUCUAAUAGUGAAACUGUUAGACAGUAUAAUGGUCACCAUAAGGGUGCUGUAUGUGUUGCAUUAAACGAUGUAUAGAAGUUGUGUUUUUUUUUAAUCAUAUAUAGAAUAACGGAAUUACCUCUCUUUUGGCAUUGUACAAUCUAAACUCGGUAGUUGUUUCAAUAAACAAAUGCAGUAUAUUAGCAAACUCGAAUAAUUGGCGUAAACAGUAAUGGGUGAGACUGACCUGGGGUUCAGGGUUCUCGAUGGGCCAUUUCUUGGAGAAUUCUUGGUAGACUUCCAAAUACUGUUGAACAAUUAGUUCCUUGGACUUAACUCCAACUUGUCUAGUGAAGAAUUCACCACAUAGACAUAACACUCC